GAUGCUACAAGGUGUCGGAAACGUUUUUUGCUCAAUUGGUAUCAAGGGAUCUAACGUGUACCAGGGAAACAUUCCCCACACCAUUACACCACCGCCACCAGCUUGUACCAGCCAGGAUGGGUCCAUGGAUUCAUGCUGCUUAUGCUAAAUGCUGACUGUCAUCAGCAUGGUGCAACAGGAACCGUGAUUUGUCAGACCAGGUAAUGUUUUUCCACUCCUCAAAUUGUCCAGUGUUGGUGAUCGUGUACCCACUGGAGCCACUUCUUCUUGUUUUAGGAAAACACACAAUCUCAACCAAUCUGGUCAUGUGUUGUUGCUGAAGUGUGGCUCUAUGCUACUUACUUGAUACUCAUUUUAUUUCAUAUCCAGCAAGCUCCACUGAAAGGGCAGGAAACCUAACCCCCUUGGCAAUGACACUUAAUUUAGGGGUAGUACACAUAGGUCCUGCUUGGAGAAUUGCGUCACCAAGGACACACUUUAAGAGUACGAUAUCACACCAUGCAAUUCAAAAUAAAAGCCUUGCUAAAUCAAUCACAGUAUGUGUGAAAUGGAUCUGUAUGCAUUGAUCUAUGUGGAAUGCUGCUGUCACUUCAAUCACUUCAAUUUCUUCUGAGAGAAAAUUGAUUGGUGAAAUGAACUCACAAUCUCAUCAAUACAAUAACAGUGCAUCUGUGCUGUUUCUAAGAUGUCAUUUUUAUCUUGGUGGUUUUCAGGAUCGGCUGUGGCCACCACCCUUGGAAAGGGCUUUCUGGCUAUCUGCAAAGCAGGACACCUGCGCAUACAAACCCAGAGCCAAGAGUACAGUGACUACUCAGACAGAGAGAAGAUGGUGGAGGUUCGCCUGGAUGUGUUAUUAAGGCCAGGGCUCCAGGUGCUGAUAGUGGACCAGUGGAUAGAGACCGGAGGAACCAUGAAGGCUGCUAUAAAACUGGUGGAGCCGCAGGGAGCGACUGUUGUAGGUGUUGCUGCUGUGGCCAUUGAGAAGAGCGAGGGAGUGACCAGUCCCAUGAUCGCCACGGUAAGCACGGGGAGAUGGCUCAGGUCUCCAACCUGACUCUGCCACACUUCUUGUGUGCCCCCAACAUUUUUGGGGGGGCAGCUGCCUCUCGGGCUUCCUUGCCAGCAGUAUUCCCUCGUAUCGCCGGUUCCCUUUUCCUGCUGCCUCCGCUCUCCUGGCUGUUCCCAUGGGAGGCGAUCCCUUCCAGCCUGGAUCUCCUCCCAUGUGUAUGAUCCCUUACCGUCUAGAAUGUCCUCCCAU